ACCGCUCAUCGCUGCAAGCUCAGCGCACUAGUCACCUUCACCACCGUCUCACUCGUCCUCCGCACCCUUUGCACAGCGACGGACCCUCCACGAACCGCGUCGGAUAAUCGGUGGUCACCACCGUUUGGGGUCUCCGGUCCAGAACCCCCCUUCGUCAUAUAAAUUCCUUGUUUCCUCUUUCUACCUCUUAUAAUUUGCCUACUUUCCGUGUACUCCUCCGUCUUUAAUUCCUCCAUCAUGCCCGGCGACGUCUUGAAGAAGAGGAAGAUUGCCGUGCUAGGUUCACGCUCAGUCGGUAAAUCCUCGCUCGUCAUCCAAUUCAUUGAGAAUCACUUCGUCGAGUCCUACUAUCCCACCAUCGAGAAUACCUUCACGAAAUCCAUCAACUACAAUGGUGUAGAGUACGAUUGUGACAUCAUUGACACCGCUGGUCAGGACGAAUACACGAUUCUUAACCAGAAGCAUGCAAUAGGCAUCCACGGUUAUGUCCUCGUAUACUCGGUAACUUCUCGGAAGUCAUUCGAGAUGAUUCAAAUUGUGUACGACAAGAUCAUCAAUUUCUGCGGAAUCAAUUCCAUCCCCUGCGUCAUUGUCGGCUCAAAGACCGACUUGCAACCGAGCCGAUCUAGACAGGUGGCCCCCGAUGAGGGCAAAGAACUGGCCCAGUUAAAUCAUGCCGCAUGGGUCGAGACCAGUGCAAAGACAAACACCAAUGUCGCCAAAGUAUUUCAACUAUGUUUAGGAGAGAUUGAGAAGCGGUCUCCAAACAGCAAAGCUGAACCACCGGUCUCCAAAUGUAUCAUCAUGUGACGAUUUUACUAUCCGCUAUCCCCAACUUCUCAAGUCUACAAAGCACCUGCACUCUCACCCCCGCAAUAGACUUCCGCUUCGCUUUCGCAUUCUUCGCAUUUCUUCACAACACUCAUCAUCUGUCUCGUGUUCCGUCUCAUUACAUUGCAUUAGCUCCUGUACUCCUGCCUCAUGUUCUCAACCGCGUCCAACAUCGCAUGGCUGAAUCUCUCUCUCGCUGAAAGUUUCUCUUCUUAUUUCUUCUAUUGGGGCGCACCGUUGUCAUUUCUUGUACUAGGGUUUACUGUCAGCUUCGUAUGUGAACGAUGACCUUCUCUCCUCUCACCACUGACGGGCGCACCGAUUGUUGUUGUUUUUGUUGCUUAGACAUUUACACCUCUUACAGCUUUCUUUCUUCCCUCCUGCCUCCCGUAAACUUGCUUUUGCUUUUUGUCCUAGUGUAAAGUUGUAUCAUUUCUUCUCCUUUGACUCUUUCUUCACCCUUAUUUUGUGCUCCCCGCUGUCGCAUUUAUUACAGAUCGGUCUCUCUGUAAUGAGACUAUGCUCAUACAUGAUGCAUCUCACCAUCCACACUGUAUAUUCUCCCUGGAGGUUUCUAAUGACAAACAACAUUAUCCUACGGAUUCUAG